AUGGUGAUGGACAAGUACAAACCCCUCCGCCUCCCACACGACCCCGAAAAGAACCCUGCCGACGAAAAGAUCAAAGCUGGGAUUCAAACUCCCACUUCGUCUUCUUCCCCUACCACUGGUGAGGAGGAAUUUCAGCUGUUUGCGGAGCCAGGAACGUCCGGAGAUCACGAAGACGGUCGCAAACUUCCCAAGACACCCGACGCCAAACCGUGGAGGGCGGUGUACGUUCGACCAGCUCAUCUCAUGGGUGGGAAAGCGGCGGAGGACUUUCAACCGAGCAUCUACUACGGACAGUUCUUGCACAGUUCUUCCUCCUCUUCUGCACCUAGGGAGAGUGAUAUCCGAACUCAACUCAAAUCUGUUGGUAUCAACCCGUCCACGGUACCCGUGGACGAUCCGAAAGCACUGGCGAAACUUCGCUCCUCCAUAGCGACGGCACAGCGUCGGGGCAAACUUCUGCGUGCACGCGAAUCCGUGCUCGACUAUCAACUUUCCCUGCCCCGACAGGAGAUGAAGGGGGAUGAGGUUUCGGACGUCUCCUCGAACCUGCAGCUUCAACUGGGUCAUGCUCAGGGGUGGGAUAGUGUCAUCGAAAAGAGGAUCAAGCAGGCGCUUUCCUCGCCCGGGUUCCGGGAGAACAAGUUGAGGGGGAAACCGAUCCAACGAGACAUGGAGGAGAAGAACCCUUUCCUGGCGAGAGAGGAGUACUUUAUGAAUCGGAUCGUUAAGCGGCAGGGAGCGGCACCUGCGUGGGUCGAGCUGAACAUGGAGUUGGAGUCCGAAGUGAGUGGGUGGAAGGGCAGGUUGGACGAAGGGUGGAUCAGACGCGCGAGUCGCAUGAUCACCACCAGCAGCACACUCGCCGACGGUCUGGAACCAUUCCCCCUCGACACCACCAUCGAACCCUCUGAUAAGGACAGCGGCACGUGGAUCGAUGGCAAACAGAUCCUCCUCCCGCGCGCCACCACCCCCGGCUCUCAACGACUGCUCGACGUAGCCUCCCGCUACAGAGACGCCGAAUGGGAGGCGCGCGAAACCUCCUACCACCAACUCGAACUCAAGCGCCUCAACGACCUCAUACGCAAGCACAACCACCUCGCACCCUUCACGGCGCGCAAAGGGCUGAUGGUGCUCGACAUCGAGUUGGCCAACAUGUACGCCAGGACGUUGCCCAAGCUGGUGUUCGAGAUCUCGUCGAUACUGCGUUCCAAGGUGGAAGGGGAGGGGAGGAGGAAGGAUGGAUGGGAGGAGAUGUUGAUGAAGGAAGGAGGGGUGGUGGAGUACGAUGUGUGGGGUAGAGAGGUUAGGAGGGAGAAGGGUGGGAAUGGUGAGAAGAUGGGUAAAGGUUGGUUGGAUGGAUGGUUGGGUAGCGAUGUUGGUUCGAGGAGCGGCGAUGCGGUUGGGCAGGGUGGACAGGGAGGAAGAGGGAUGGAUAGUGGUAAAGAGGUCGAGGUUCAGAAUCUGGGAUUGUUGGCGGCGAUUCAGAAGAGUUUGCACUGGGCAAGACAGCGGAUCGUUGGUGCUUAG